AGCGCGGCAGCACCACCAGAGCAGAUAUGUAAACAAAGACUCCUGUCCAUUUAUUUUAUCCUAAUAAUUUCAGACAAGAUCUGUAAAGAUGGGGAAGAGAGACAAUAGAGUGGCGUACUUGAAUCCUAUUGCUGCCGCCCGAGCCAGAGGCCCCGCUCCUAACUCCGGACCCACCAUUCAAGAUUAUCUUGGUCGGCCUAGACCCACAUGGGAGGAGGUAAAAGAACAGCUAGAGAAAAAGAGGAAAGGUUCAAAAGCCUUGGCAGAAUUCGAGGAUAAAAUGAAUGAGAGAUGGAGGAAGGAACUGGAGAAAAACAGAGAGAGGCUGCUCGGUGGGGGUGAGAAGAAGGAAAAAGAAAAGGAGAAAGAAAAAGAAAAGAAAGAGAAAAAGAAGAAAGAAAAGAAGAAAUCCAGCAGGCAUUCUUCAUCUUCCUCCUCCUCCUCAUCGAGUUCUGAUUCCUCCAGCAGUUCCUCCUCUGAGUCUGAAGACGAGGAAGAAAAGAAGAGCGUGAAAAAGAAACGGAAGAAAAAGCGGUCCUCGGCCAGAAAAACUUCCGACGAUUCUGAUACGGAGUCAGAGGCUGACAGCAAGGAAUCCUCCAAGAGGAAGAAGAAGAAACUCAGGGAAGAUGGAGACAAAGAUAAGGAUGAAAAAGCCUCUCGCAAAAAGAGGAAGGCCGAAAGAAGUCACAAGGGGUCAUCGUCUGAGUCCUCAGCUGACUCUGAAGUAGAUGGAGAUGUUGAAUCCAAAAAGAGGAAGCUCAGCAGUGAGGAAAAGGAUAAGACAACAGACAAGUCAAAGAAAAAGAAGAAGAAGAAGCACAAGAAACACAGCAGAAAGAAGAAGAAGAAGAAGGCAGCGUCUGGAUCGGAUUCAAAUUAAACCGAGGCCGCUCGUCACGCGGCUUGAGUUUCACAUUCGUUUGAGUGAGGGGAGCAGAGAGCCCUUACCAGAGUACUGAAAUUUAAAAAGAGAAAAAAAACUCAACGGACUGACUGCUUUAUUUAUUCUGGGUUGACUUUGAGGCAAAAUGAUUUGCUUCUUGCCCAGGAUAAGGGCCACGUGAAAGGCUCUGUAGAAGGGAGGGUCAGUAACAGGUCCUCUCAGAUAUGAAUUUGCAUCCCUGUGUGUUCCCUUUUUUUUUUUUUCUUUGUCUC